GCGUACCACUUCAGAUUAAUUGAUGAUUUCUCCCACGAUUAGAAAGAAAACUUCGAAAUAGUAUCCGCGCAUCCAUUUAGUCUCAUUGGUUUUGCUGCAUCCCUUGGGUUAAUGCGAAAUUGUCGCUGUCCUUGAACCAACGUCGCUUGUAAACCAGAUCGCACAUUCGGAGGAUCUCUAUACAAGCAGACAACAAGAAACUAGGUCAUGGAACGGCACUACAUUUGCUGUUCAUAUUAAAUACAUCUUACAGUAGGCUUGGAAUUUUUCGCAUAUCAAUAUAGCCCCAACAUCGAGGACAGAGGGCCGCGCCCGAGUUGAGUCGCCAUGCAUGCCCCAGAAGAUGUGGCAUUUCAGUUGCCUCGAUUGCGUGCAUCGUUUGGCUUAGAGAACGAUACCAAAUACCUUGGCACAGAUGACAGUGUUGCAGAAUUUUUCGAUGUCAAAUUCUGUCCAUUCCAGCCGCUGGAUGCAGAUCCGGUAUUCGCAGCAAUCAGCAAGAAACACGUUGUCCUUUGUCGGCUAAACCAAAAUUCUGGCGAAAACAAUCCCUGUCAAGUAAUCAAAAUCUUACGAGAUGGCGAUGAGGGCUCUUCACUUUGCUGCUGCACAUGGGCCAAAGAGCCAGUAUCAGGAAAUCCCCUUAUCUGCGUUGGAGGUGUCGACGCAAAGAUAAAAAUCUACGACGUCACUGACGGAACAUUAUUCAACACCCUUGUUGGUCAUGGAGGUGAUGUGAAUGAUUUAGCUACAUCACCAAUCGAUCCGAGAAUAAUUGUUUCUGCUUCUGAUGACACCAGCAUCAGGCUCUGGAGCCUGUAUCCAACUCAUAAGGAGCAACCCUGUCUUUGCAUAUUUGCUGGAAAUGGACAUUCGUGGAGUUUAUUGAGCGUCGCUUUCCAUCGGACUGGCAGAUUCUUACUCUCUGCUGGCCAUGACCAGGUGAUUAAUCUCUGGUCAAUUCCAACACUACCAACAUCACCUACAAAGGUUCCUCUUCAGGUUCAUUAUCCUCAUUUUUCCACAUCAGCUGUUCAUGGCGGAAUUGUAGAUUGCGUCGCAUUCUAUGGCGAUCACAUUCUCUCUAGAGCCUGCCAUGAUAACGUUAUAGUAUUGUGGCGUAUAGAAGGCUUCUCUUCGGAUGAUCCUGUCGAAGAAACCCCGCCUCCAACUUCAUACGAAGACCCUGCCAGCUUUACAAGGUCGGCGUUCAUCACAUCGAAAACAGCUGACUGUCCAUCACAAUACACUCGUCUCUUAGAAUUCCAUACCCCUAAGUGCGGGCCACAAUUCUUCAUGAGAUUCAGUCUGUUUCAUGUGCCUGAUCAUAACCCUGUUCUCGCAUUUUGCAACGCCUCUGGCAACGUCCUAUUCUGGGAUUUCAAACGGCUUGAAAUUUAUGCAGAUUUCAUGUCAGACUUGGAGAGUCCAGAGCGAGAUUUAUCAAAACCUGUUCAUCUUCCAAGCUGGCUGAAGCCCGUUAUUCCGCGCCGGCGAGCCGAUCCAACAGGAAAGAUACGGUUAAAGACUUCAGAAAGAGACGCGGUGGUGCUGGAACAUAUGGAAAAGGGUAUUUAUAGCGCCGAAACGCUAGAGGCCUGGACCGCACGAUAUAGUAUUGAGGAUCCUCAUGAGCCUCUCAAAGCGCAUAGGUCUGAAGCUUCGUCUACUUCAGUUGUAGGUAGACAGGCCUCCUGGAGCCCGGGUGGUGACUGGUGUAUUGUUGUUGGUAGCUCCAACACAAUUCUGAUCUUUCAGCGCUGGUCUAAAAAGACAACCGCUGAUGACGAGUAGUUCAAUUGGUUAUAAUAUUAUAGUUCCCUUAUAGGCAAUGUCGAGUGCAGCUGAUCCGAUAUUGUUGAUGUAUCGUCUUCUCCUAUUAGAAAUGUCUUGAAAUUGUCAUCAAGUUCGCCGUUCUCAUCAGCAAUGCGCUGCAGCAUUUCCUUUGCGAUAAUCGUUUCUUGUCUUAGUAUAGCAUCGUCUUCGUUUGAUGUGCUGCCGUGCAGUGGUGUAGCUAUAUCUCUCAAGAAAAGGGCAACGAUGGCUCGUAGACGUAUAUAGUCAUGACUUCGUGAGUAAGGUGGAUCUCUCAUGAGCCCAUCUAGAUAUUUUGCAAUAUCUGUAACUUUGGCGCGUGUCAAAAAAUGGAAGUUUCGACCUCUUCCAAUGUUUUCAUCUGUUAUUUCCUGCAAAUGCUGUGUCUCAAGGCUGUUCUGAUCAGCUCUGGCAGCAUCUAGUCCAUGCUCGUCUGUAAUAGCUUCACCUUCCCCUCUUCUUGCCACAGAUAACAAUGACACAUAUUCGAUGUAGGCAUCAUAAAGCUCACAGCCUAUCAUAGCAAUAUUAAAAUCAAAGGCAGAGGUACGCUGAGGUGCUGUGUGGUCGUACGGAUGCUGUUGGUUAAGUUGCUCGAAAUAAGCCUUUAAUUUCCCGAUAUUUGUUGUAUUGCCCCAUCGUUUUGGUAUUCGGAACUCGCAGUCACCAGUUUGCAUCGUAAUGCCUUCGUCAUUUCGUUGACGCUCCUGUUCUCCUUGGCGCAUUAUGAUCUCCGCGCCCAGUGCCCAAAUAUUUCGAUAUCGAAGGUCUGGUAGACGGUUGUCUCGCCUCAGUUGGAUCACGACGUUAAACGUCUUAGCCGCACUUUUUACUUGUCCGGCAUCCAGAAAAUACUGUGUAGCCUGUAUCAGCUUAUCCAGUUGCGCGUGUUGUUCGCUCUGUCCUCGCCUUGUUCGUUUGCGUGUAUCCCCAUCCGAGUCAAAGCCAUCCGCUGCUAUAGGUUCAAAUUUCGAAUUGAUCCCAAAUUCCUGUAGAGCCUUAUGCGGAAAAUGGGGAGAGUAUAACGCAGGGUCUUCAUCAUCUCCGGCAAGGCCAGCUAACGUAAACUGAUAGAGGGUAUUCGGGGCAUGACUGUGGGGGUUGAUCGGCUGUCCAGAGCUAGGUAGUUGGCUAGAAGAUGGUUCGGUUAUAGAAUCAAAUGAUCCUCGCUUUCUUUUAUUAAAAUUAUGUGACAUAUUUUGCAGACACGGUGUGUCGGUAAUCUCUGCUUGUCGCCUAGUUUACUUGCAU